AUGAAAAAAUCUAGGAAAGAAAAGGAAAGAGAAGAAGAAGAAGUUCAAAUCUUGGAAGCUCCUCAAAUUCCAAUUCUCCCAGCAGUAAAAGAUAGAAGAGAAGAUAGAGCAUUAGAAGAAGCAAGAAAGGAAAAAGAAGAGGAAAAACGUAAUGGAAAGAAGCGCAAAGCGGUGCCUGAUUUAAAUCUAGUAGUAGAAGAAAGAGGGGGGAAGAAGUAUAGUAGCCGAAAAUAUGGUCAUGAUUUUAAAGGCAAAUUUAAAAUCCCCUUUAAACGAAUAAUAAGAUAUGGACGUGUAAUACCUCGAAAUUCUGCUAAACCACCUGGCGUCAAUAUGCUUGAUAGAACACUAGCGUAUGUUAAUGCUUCAAAUGCUAAGAGGGAUCGUCUAAUUACAAAGGGAAGAAAGGACUUGGAUGACAGCAAAUUUUAUAAAAGUCAAAAUGCCUCCCUCACCGAGAUAAACACGAUAGAUGGCGAAUAA